UCGGAGGUCAGUCUGAAGCCGCAGGCAAGUGGCGAGAGACGACCCAGUAGUUGGACAUGGGCAUCUAGAAAGGCGCAUCUGGGGACAUACCUGGCACUGGGACCCCUGCCACCUGCAUCUCCACCCAACCACCGAGGUCCUGGUAACCGUGGCCCCAUCCACGCUGCCUUGAGUAGGGCCCCAGGCUCGGAGCAGCAUGGGCACCGAGAAUGAAAGCCCAGAGCCAGACUGCCAGAAACAAUUCCAGGCUGCAGUCAGCGUCAUUCACAACCUGCCUAAGAACGGCUCUUACCGCCCCUCCUACGAAGAGAUGCUGCGAUUCUACAGCUACUACAAGCAGGCUACCAUGGGGCCCUGCCUGGUCCCCCGGCCUGGGUUCUGGGACCCCAUUGGACGAUAUAAGUGGGACGCCUGGAACAGCCUGGGCAAGAUGAGCAGGGAGGAGGCUAUGACCGCCUACAUCACUGAGAUGAAACUGGUGGCACAGAAGGUGAUCGACACAGUACCCUUGGGUGAGGUGGCAGAGGACAUGUUUGAUUACUUCGAGCCCCUGUACCGGGUGAUUCCUGACAUGCCAAGGCCCCCUGAAGCCUUCCUGAGAAGGGUCACAGGCUGGAAAGGGCAGGUACUGAAUGGAGAUGUUCGGGCUGUCCCAGAGCCUCCCUCCCUUCCCAAGGAGCCAGCACCCCCAAGCCCAGCCUCCCUCUUGUCGAUAACCCUACCUAACCCCUCCCCAGAGUCCCAGCCACCCAGGGACCUGGACUCUGAGGUUUUCUGUGAUUCCCUGGAGCAGCUGGAGUCUGAGCUGCAGGUUUGGACAGAGCAGAGUGGAGCACCUAGAGGAGAGUCUGACACCAGAAACAGCCCUGUGUCCUCCAGAGAGAAAGAUGACAAAAUGAGGCUCAGAGAAGUUACUGAUUUGCCCAAAGUAAAACAGCUAAAAAGUGGCAGUGUUGGUAUUCAAACCCCAGCAGCCCAUUACUCAGCCACGUGGAUGGACUUUCCAAGAGUCACACUUGAGGGGUUGGGGGGUAGCCUGCUGGGGCCACAGGAAUUGGACACGUGGCUGGUGGGGACAGUUCGGGCACUUCAGGAGAGCAUGCGAGAUGUGCAGGGAAGACUGCAGAGCCUGGAGAACAUGUCCCAGCCCCCUAAGCAGCAGGGGCCGCAGCCCAGUGCUCGGCCUUGGCCCCUCAGGCUCUCCGGUCCCACGCUGCUCUUCUUCUUCCUGUGGCCCUUCUUCGUCCAGUGGCUCUUCCGACAGUUUCGGACUCAGAAGAGGCUCCGCUCCUGGGCAAGUUAGGACUUGGGCCGGGGCCUGGAAGCGUGGUUGGCUGGGAGGCCCGGACACCGCGGGAGGAGAGAGCAGGCCCCGGCGGCGGGGGGUGAGCGCCGAUUUCGCUCGCCCCCUCCCCAGUCGCCCGUCGUCCCCCCACACGCCCAGGACGUCUUCGCUGAAGAUUCACUUACAAAUGAAUGUUUCACUAAAUAAAAGAAAACCUUAAUCUGCCGUCUGACCCCCACGGAGGGAGCGGAAAGCGGGGCCGGGGCGCGCGAGGCGAGUCACUUUCCUGCUCCGUCCCCCAGUGCCCCGUGGACGGCCCCGGCCCCGAGAGAGGCCGGCAGUUGGUGUUUUUGGAUGAAGACUAUUUUCCCUCCUGCCCAGGCAAGUGUGAGGAAAACAGGCCUCGGU